GCUUUUCAGUUCCGAGCCUCUCUCUUUCUCUCUCAUCUUCAAGAGCACAAAGUCGUAAGUCGCCAUUUUUCUAUGCUCGAACUCGCAGUGAAAUUUGAAAAAGAAAAACUGUGUUAAAAGCAGUACGACCGAGAAAGUUCUAUGCGACGAAUUACAAACCGCCGGUGAUAGCUAACUGUUUUUUCCGAUGGUCUGAAAAUCACUGACGACACGUGUGUCAGUUCCCGGCGACUUAUUGAUGGCUCUUACUGACCAAAAAUCGCCGUCGGACGGCAAGGUGUGGGGUUUGUUUAAGCUACCGUUUCGGAAUUCGGGAAAUACGCAUUCUACGUCGUCGUCGUCGCACAACACGCAGAGCAAUCAACAGCAACAAAGUCAAGGUAACAACAAUGCACAGGUCGAUGGAUCGAAUCCUCCCAACACUUCCAGCUCUGUCUCUUCCGUCGCCAGAUCUUUUCUCCCUACACGGCGUCGUCUUCGCCUUGAUCCGUCGAAUAAGCUCUACUUUCCCUAUGAACCUGGUAAGCAAGUGAGGAGCGCUAUUAGAAUUAAAAACUCAAGCAAGUCCCAUGUAGCUUUCAAGUUUCAAACAACCGCACCAAAAAGCUGUUUCAUGCGCCCUCCAGGGGCUAUUCUUGCUCCUGGCGAGAGUCUCAUAGCAACUGUGUUCAAGUUUGUGGAGCAUCCAGAGAACAAUGAAAAACCAGUGGAUCAGAAGCGCAAGGUGAAGUUUAAAAUCAUGAGCCUAAAGGUGAAAGGAAUGAUGGACUAUGUGCCUGAGCUGUUUGAUGAGCAGAAGGAACAAGUUGCAGUAGAGCAGAUAUUGCGGGUUGUAUUUUUAGAUGCGGAGCAUCCUACCCCAGCUCUGGAAAAAUUGAAACGCCAGUUAGCUGAGGCUGAAGCUGCCGUUGAGGCACGCAAGAAACCCGCAGACGAUACAGGUCCAAAGAUUGUUGGUGAAGGACUAGUCAUAGAUGAAUGGAAAGAGCGAAGAGAAAGAUACCUUGCUCGACAACAAGUUGAAGGGGUGGACUCGGUGUAAACUGGAAGUCUAUAUUCAACUGUUUUACUCUGAAUGGAGAUUUUAUAAUCAACUGUUAAUGAAUGUAUCAUUGCAUAUCCUUUUAUCUUUUGGUUUAAUAUGAAGGUUGUUGUGUUCAAAGAGCUAAAUGGGAGACCAUUAACAUCUAUUCAUGUGGAAACUGUGUGUUGAAGUAUAUAAGUGGAGGUUCUACA